CGUGGACCUCUGGGGUGUCUCGGCCCGGCGCGCACGCCCCUGGGGGUCCGGUGUGCCCGUGAGUCUGGGGAGUGUGCAGGUGGAGCGUGCGCGUGCAGCCGGGGCAGCCGGCUGGAACCGCAGGGUGGAGCACGGGCGCGCGGGUCUUUGUGCCCGCGUGUGUGCGCGUGGGCACCGCCGCCCGCUGUCCCGGGGACUGACAGACGUCCCGGGGGAUGCUGCACUGGUCCAGCCCUUGUCGCCCCCGCCCUGCUCCUUCUCGGAACCCAGCACCCUUCCUUCCCCCCGCCCUGCCUCGCCCCUGCGCAGCGAUCGGGACCUCCCCUGGGUUCCUCGAAAGCCCAGCGGGGUGCUGGGGGACCCUGGAGGCUCCCCACUCGGCCCAGCGGGGCUAGCAGCGGAACAGGGAGAGGCAGGAGAGGAGAGAGAAGCCGCGAAGAUGCUGCCGCAGCCGCCGCGGACGAGCCGGCACCCGCCAUCCCCAUCCCCACCCUGCACGGUCUGGCCUCUCCGCCCACUUCCCCUUCGCGCGCCUCCGCGCCCCCUCAGCCUCCUCCUGGAAGGCGGGUUCCCCACGCCCCUUCCAGGCCCCUGGCUUCUUCUCCCUCGCCCUGCCUCUCCCUCAGCAGGCUCAGUGUCUCUUUCUCCCUUCCACUCUCAUUCCUUCCCUUCCCGGUGCCCUCUUCUCUUCUCACACCCUGGAGUCCCCGCACAGGGGCUGAGGGCCGGGCAGUGGAGUGACCGCAGCUCCCCAGGAGCCCCCUGCCCGGCCUCCCCAGGCGGGCAGUGGAACCGGCCGGGCUCCUGGGCGCGCCAUGCGCAGCACCACGCUACUGGCCCUGCUGGCGCUGGUCCUGCUCUACUUGGUGUCCGGUGCCCUGGUGUUCCAGGCCCUGGAGCAGCCCCACGAGCAACAGGCCCAGAGGGAGCUGGGGGAGGUCCGAGAGAAGUUCCUGAGGGCCCAUCCAUGCGUCAGCGACCAGGACCUGGGGCUCUUCAUCAAGGAAGUGGCUGAUGCCCUGGGAGGGGGUGCGAACCCUGACACCAACUCAACCAGUAACGGCAACCACUCAGCCUGGGACCUGGGCAGCGCCUUCUUUUUCUCAGGCACCAUCAUCACCACCAUCGGCUACGGCAACGCGGCCCUGCGCACAGAUGCCGGGCGCCUCUUCUGCAUCUUUUAUGCCCUGGUGGGGAUCCCGCUGUUCGGGAUCCUGCUGGCAGGGGUUGGGGACCGGCUGGGCUCCUCCCUGCGCCACGGCAUCGGUCACAUCGAAGCCAUCUUCCUGAAGUGGCACGUGCCGCCGGAGCUGGUGCGAGUGCUCUCGGCGGUGCUCUUCCUGCUGGUCGGCUGCCUGCUCUUUGUCCUCACGCCCACGUUCGUGUUCUGCUAUGUGGAGGGCUGGAGCAAGCUGGAGGCCAUCUACUUUGUCGUGGUGACGCUCACCACAGUGGGCUUCGGGGACUAUGUGGCCGGAGCCAGCCCCAACCAGAACUCUGCAGCCUACCAGCCGCUGGUGUGGUUCUGGAUCCUGCUGGGCCUGGCCUACUUUGCCUCAGUGCUCACCACCAUCGGGAACUGGCUGCGAGUAGUGUCCCGUCGCACCCGGGCAGAGAUGGGCGGCCUCACGGCGCAGGCCGCCAGCUGGACCGGCACGGUGACGGCGCGGGUGACCCAGCGAGCCAGCCCCGCGGCCCCACCGCCGCCGGAGAAGGAGCGGCCACUGCUGCCUCCACUGCCGUGUCCAGCGCAGCCCGCCGUCAGGCCCCCAUCCCCUGCGCCCCCCGAGAAGGCCGAGCCGCCCUCCCCGCCCACCCCGCCGACGGCCUCGGCGCUGGAUUACCCCAGUGAGAACCUCGCCUUCAUCGACGAGUCCUCGGACACGCAGAGCGAGCGCGGCUGCGCGCUGCCCCGCGCGCCACGGGGUCGCCGCCGCCCCCCCAACCCCCCGAGGAAGCCUGUGCGGCCCCGGGGCCCCGGGCGCCCCCGGGACAAAGGCGUGUCCGAUUAGGGGCAGGACCCCCGGCCGGGCCUCUCAAAGGGCUCCGUUCUUGCUCUCUCCCCGGCAUGCUCUGCUUUUCUUCACCAAAGAGCCCUCUCGAGCGGACCUAAGCCUGGGGAGGAGGCUACGGAUUGCUUGUCUGCCGCCCCCGCUCUGGCCCUCUCCUCACUUCAUCCAUUUCCAGACCCCCAAGGCUUUCUGUCUCGCUGUCCUGGCCGGGCCGGUCCCUCACACCACCUCACGACUGUGCCUCAAAGCCUGCAUCAAUAAACGAAAACAGUCUGCACCGCUGCGGGCGUGCCGGCUCCGGGACGCGUGGGUGUGGGAGUGCUUGCGUCGGGCCGCCUCCAGGGCAAGUCAGGCCUCCCAUGACCCCCAAGCCGAGGCCCCCCUCCUGCACCCCCGUCGGUCAAGGCGCAGCCCUCUGGGCUGUGCUCAGGCCGGCGUCUCUGUCUAGAGGCCAUCUGGUAGGGUCCAGCAUGGGAAUGUGCCAAGAUGGGCUGUGCGUCUCCAACCUCAGCUCAGCUAUUAGGGGGCUGGAGGGAUGCGGGAGAGAAUGGCCUCU